UUGAACAAUUUAUGUAUGUUUUUGUUUUUAACUCAUUUGAUCUGUCCAGUUAUUUGUAUUUCAUACAUAAUUGUUGAAGGCGGAAGCAAAACAAGUAGAGAGGAACCAUAAAGAGGGGAAAAAAAUACAAAUUAAUUGUCUCUGAAAUAUUUCUGGUGACAGGGGGCGCUAUAAGUUGACACGUUUGUAGCUGUCAGUGUCCGUCACUAGUCCUUCAUUGAUUUCCACAUUCUGACAUUUCACUUUUGUGUAAAUUGACAACACUAAUUUAUACUUAGAAUGACGGGAAACGGCAGAGCAACUGUACGGCCAGUGGGUAGGUCACCCCCUUUCCUGGUAAUAGGACUGGUGGUGGGACUAUGCAUAAUCGGGUUUAAUUACUACAAAGUUUCGUCACAGAACAACGAACUGUCUCGAGAGUUACCUUUACUACGUGGACGUAUCAAGUCGUUGACAACAGAAAAAAUGGACAUGCAGCAGUCUCACUAUGAAGUUUUACAGGCCUGUAAACAGAAGAAUGUUAAAUUGGAUGAGGCAGUGAGUACUAUGGAAAAGGAUCUGAAGGAAACACAAGACACUGCGAGGCUCAACAAAGACCAAGUGACAAGUUGUAAAACAGAAAUAGAAACACACAAAGAUAAUUAUAACAAAUGUGACCAAGAUCUCAGUGGUAUACAGCAGGAACUGGUUAAAGUUAAAGAUGAACUUGAGCAAGAAAAGAAGUCUCAAGCGGAGUCACCUAAAGUUGCAGCUUCCUGUGAUCAAAGUGCAUGUGCUGAGCCUAUAGGCAAUGUCUUGACGAUCCUGAUUAAGAGUGUCGGAAAACAGAACAUCCUGGCUGCACUGCAACAAAAUGGCAUCGAUGUCAACAAGUUUGUUAAUGUUGAAGGAAUUGAAAAAUCACCAGACGCAAAGCAGCCAGGAGAUGCAAGUCCACAAGCAGGUGCAAGUCCACAAGCGGGUGCAAAUCCACAAGCGGGUGCAAAUUCACAAGCGGGUGCAAAUCCACAAGCAGGUGCAAAUCCACAAGCGAGUGCAAAUCCACAAGCGGGUGCAAAUCCACAACCGGGUGCAAAACCACAACCGGGUGCAAAUCCACAACCAGAUGCAAAUAAGGCAGCAGACGCCAAGCAGGCAGGUGAAAACAAACAAGAGGCGGAACAACCUAAACCCGAAGAGGAAAAUGAAAAAGGUGUCACUGGUGACGGUCUUAUCUCUUCCUUUUCCUUGAACAACGUGAAUCCCAGUCUCCACAACCCCCUGACGCCAUUAUUACCACUUCAACCACUGGGUGCAUUGUCACCUAACUGGCGAAAUCUGCCACAAAACGAUGACAAAGUCGUCAGCUUUGAUCAAAACAAAAAUUCUUUUCCUCAGAUCGAUACUGAAAGCAAGAAGCCGUUUGUUUAUUUCGAUCCCCAAAAUAAACCUGAAAAUGCUGACAAUAAGAUAAACAUGAAUGAAGACCAGCAUAAAUUGGCAAGUAAUGUUGAUCAAAGCAACGUUGGUCUGUCUGUCAAUCAGGUGAUUCCCCCACUGGUUCUUGAAGGUAAUAAUGGUCGGUUGACACCCAACAACAAAAAUUACGACUAUGGGAUGCAUGGGGAAGACAAGGAUGUGGUAGAGCACCCUGAAGACGAAAGAGAUGGAGAGGACACUGAAAGGGAAGUGAAAGAAGAUGGCGAUGGGAUAGACAGAUUGAACGAAAACAUGGAGAGGAAUCGUUAGACGUGGAAUAAAAACUUGUAUUUAACCUUUAUACAGAUACUUAUUGGCUAGUUAUAAUUUAAUACAAUAUCUGUUCUUUAGCUAUUACAGGGACUACACAUUCCCAUCACAUUAUGUAAUAACUGAUUACACAUGGAAAGUAGUAUAUGCAUCACUUUUGAUGGUGGAUGCCUUCCCUUUUAUAUUUUUAUAUCAUGGUAAAUUUUAAUUAUGCAGUCCACUGCUUGUGGUACUUAUGGAUUGUAAUGUUGUGUUUUGUCAUUAAGCUUAGAGUGACAGACCCUAGUUUUUAAACACUAAGGCAUAUUUUUCAAUAUUAGAGCUGGUUUUGAUAACUGAAAUCAUACUUUACUUAGAUUUUAUUGCCUAGAUUAUCCAUUUCCAUACAUCCGAAGUGUAUCCGAUCAUUCUGGUGUUUUCAAUACAUGUAUUACAAAAUACGUAUUUCAAAUUUUUAAGGGUAUUUUACCAUUUCAAUGUCACAGCCUCUUGUUGUAACUUUAUCCAAAUGUGUUACAGGUUUAUAGAUUAACCAUUAACCAAACUUGGUGUCCAUUUUUAUGGGUUAAAACUACAGUGUGCUACUUUAAUAUUUGAUAUUUAGUUUGUAAAGACAUAAAAUGCAGAAGUCACAACUCUUGGCCGAAAUGUAUAACCCCCUCUUAAUGUGCUGUACAUGUUUGUCUCACCUGCCAUGAAAGUUGCAGAACGUGUAAUAAUACAUACAUGUAUAGCUGUCACCUUUCCAGUAGCUUCAGAUCAGGUCAUAGAUUUUAACGUGCUCAUUCAGAACAAGCUGUUGUAGCACACGCCUCCAACAGCUUCAGUGUUUUGGGUUUUUUAUUAUUCUACUGGCCCCUUUCCUUUCAUUCUUGAUUUCUAUCUCAUUUCUUAUCCUGGUUUUGCUGUCCACCUCCACAUUCCAGUCCUUGUCUCUCCAACCAUGAUAGGUCCUUGUCUCUUGUGGCUAUCUGUGUCAUACACUUACCAUUUAAUUCCCAUCGGUUUUAGUGUGGGCUUAAUCUGUGGUUAGACAUUUUGAUUUUUGUUUAUGUUUUUGUAAUUAACGGGAAACAUUUGCGAUUUUUUAAUGGUUCAGUAUAUUUCAUUUAAAGUGGAAAAGUUUUAUUUUAAAUUAGCACUUAGAGUUGUAUGUACAGAUUGGUUUCAGCACUAGUUUAUGAACAAUGUUCAUCUGCUUUCUAUUAAUUUUCAUUUGCAAUAUCAUCAGCACUAGUUUCUAAACAAUAUUCAUCUUGCUUUCUGAUAAAAUUUAUUUGCAGUAACAAUCAUCAGCACUAGUUUCUAAACAAUAUUCAUCUUGCUUUCUGAUAAAAUUUAUUUGCAGUAACAAUCAUCAUCACUAGUUUCUAAACAAUAUUCAUCUUGCUGUCUGUUAAUUUUCAUUUGCAGUAUUAUCAGCACUAGUUUCUAAACAAUAUUCAUCUUGCUUUCUGAUAAAAUUUAUUUGCAGUAAUUACAUGUAACCUCCAUGAAUAUUUGCUCAAUAGAGGGAAUGUAUUUUAAAGUUAUCUUAUUGUGUAUGUUUGGGGUACAUGUGUCUUGAUUUAUUACAUAGUGCACAUACAUAUAGAGAAAAAACUUCUGACACUUGUUAAGAACUCUUUUGUGCCAUUUCUUGGGUGUUUUUUUAAGAUAACAUUUUGAUGUAUUGUUGAUUGGUUUUCAAAUGUUCUGGUGUUGUGUUUGUGGUUUUUGUGGGGAAAAAACCCUGCAGUGUUUUAGUGUAGUUGAUUGUUUUCAGAACAAUAUUCUGGGUUACUUUUGAUGGUUUUUCAGAACCAUAUUAUGGUGUUCUUUUGAUGAUGUUUGGUUUGUUUUUUGUUUUUUGUGUUUUUUUCAAAACCAUAUAAUGGUCUAACAUUUUGUUGAUGGAUUUGUAAAACCACUAUGUUCUGGAAUACUAUUCAUGCCAUUCUUGAUGUUAUACUCUCUACAGAGAUGGACGUGAGAUUUUUCUUUGCAGCAUCACUAUAAAAGAGAAAUCACCUCAAGUGUUCUCCUUUUCUUUUCAACAUCACCUGUCCUCAAGGGUAUUUGUUGAGGACAGGUGAUGCAUCUAUAAAAGAGAAAACACCUCAAGUUUUUAUACGUCCAUCUAUAAUGGGUCGUAUUAUGGUAUGGCGUUGUCCGUCCAUCCGUCCAUCUGUUAACUUUUUCUUGUCCGGACUAUAUCUUGCAUACAGAUGCAUACAGGACCAUGAAACCUCACAUGUAGCAACAACUUUGGAUGGUGGUAUGUCGCAUACUAUUACUAGGUCACUGUGACCGACUUUUCACGGUCUACUGCACAUAACAGUAAAUCCUUGUCUGAACCAUAUCUUGCAUAGAGGACCAUCAACCUCACAUGUAGGAACAACUUGGAAUGAUGGUGUGUUCGUACUAUUACUCCUGAUGGGCAUAUCAUGUACCUCACUGGUACUCUUGUUUUAUUUAGCUAUGAUUUCUUGCCUGAGGAAAUACAUUUUGAACUUGAUAGCGAUGAUUAAAUCUAAAGUGACUAUAUCUCUCCAGGCCAUCCCGGCUAGUUGAUAACAGAACGUGUAGUUAUUUUGUCAGGUUUCACCCCAGGGUGAAAAUUUUUGUCUGUAUCUCCACAUGCAUAAUUUUAGGUGUCACUCCACACUUUUAAUUUUACUGUUUUAUAACAUCCCUUCAGUUACAGAUCUCACGACAUGGAUAUUAUUGUACUGUAAACCACAUUAACAACUACAAUAAAAUAUGGAAUACUUUCCCAAGAGGGGUGGAAAGAUAUAACAUAAUCAAACAACAUGAUGAUCAGCGUUACGGUAUAAAUAAAUCAUCAUGACAUCAUAUUAAUUACAUCACAUACUUUGGAACCUUCCACCCCUCUUGAAGACUAUUCUAUAAAAAAGCAAAAUGGCAGAUGGCAAAAUAUUAAAUGCUAUUUGUCGUAAGAGAUCUCAGCAAAGUCAAUAUACAUGUAGGUUACAUGGUUACAUUUUAGUAUGUGGAAUGUGUCAUUGUAAUGUUGUUUUUCACGAUAUGUGUCUGGACGAAAUCGAACGGUAAUUAAAGGUACAUGUAGGAGAGUAAUUUAUCGUCGUUGUUAACAAUGUGGUUCGGAAAGGGAACACUUACGCAAUGCUGUGCUGAGUUGUAGUAGUUGCUGUUAAUGAGAUUAGUAUGACAUGAAAUUUGUGUGGUAUAGACUGAAACUGUUCAGAAGUAUUCAUUUAGUAACAAAUAUAUUCACCACUGUGGUAGCUGAAGUGUUAGUUAAAAAGUACUUACCUUUCUUAUUUAAAGUAUUAAUCUAAUCUAGCCAAGUGUUGAUCUGUGGUAGCUAAGAUGUUGAUCUGUGCUUGCUAAAAUGUUGAUCUGUCAUGGCUAAAGUGUUGAUCUGUCGUGGUUAGUGUUGAUCUGUUGUAGUUAAAGGGUUAAUCUGUGAUAACUUCAGGGUUAAUCGGUGGUAACCGUAUAUACAGUGUUAACCUGGUUGUCAAAGUAUUAUUCUGUGGUACUUAAAAAUAUUGAUCUGUGGUAACUAAAGUGUUAUUUGGUAGCAGCUAAAAUGUUAAUAUGUGGUGGCUAAAAGAGUUGACUGUUGUGUUUUAUCUUGUAAUAUUUAUAAUGUUAAUCUGAUUGUUGAAUGUUAAAUCAGUGGCAGAUCUUAGAGGGGUGCCCCAGGGACCCGUCCCCCUUAAAUUUUGCGACAUAAUAAUAUAUAUAUGUUUGGGUUUUUGGGGUUGUUUUUUUUACGUUGGAGAAUCAGAGGAAUCCCUUCAGGAAUGUUUGUGUCAUUGGCCCCCCCUCCCACCACUAAUAGACUUUCUGGACCCACCACUGUUAAUUAAUGUUGUGUGGUAGCUACAUGUAUAGUGUUGUUUUUGCUAAUAAAAGUAUUUUAUUAGUCCUCUACCGGUCCAACCGGAAUGGAUAUAGGUUUCAUCUCCGUCGUCCUGUGUUUAGCUUUAUCAUGUUCUGUUAUACAUGUGGAUCCAGUUUGACUUUAUGGCAAUUUACCCAUUUUUCACAGAGUUAGGCCCUCAAACUUAGAAUGUUUUGUUUUUUUAACAAUGCUUGAAGAUAUUGAGAUAAAAUUUUGUAUUUAGCUUUAUCAUGUAUUGUUACCGAUCAUGUUUAACUUUCAUGGCCUUUUACCUGUGUGUCACAGAGUUAUUGUCCUUGAACUAAGGAGAUACAAAAAAAACUAAAAUGGGGCCCUUUAGGGGACAUAUAUUCACUGGUGCUUUAGCAGUACUCUCAGAAUGCUUCUUACAAAGUACAAAAGAAGAUAAAAAAGUCUUUUUCACAUAAAAUAUUUAUCAUUUGAUAUUGCUGCAUUUUAACAUGUUUGUUGUAUUCAUUCCUUAAAAUAAUUUUUUGGACCACAUUUAUUACAAACGCCAUUCUUGAGUAAUAAAUAGUAUAAUUAUAUGUAUGAAACUCACUACCAUUUCCUAUAAAGUUUGUCACAGGAAAAUAAAUGUAAUUUUCUGACAUAAACUGGAUAGGAAAUACUGUCUUGUUUGACAUAAUGUAAAUACUGUUAAUAUGUAAUGUCACGGUAAUUAAAACCUGUUUUACCUGUUCAUGUAGGUAACCUGUACAGCUGUGAGUUCGAAUACUUGUCACAUUCCAUGUGUAAUAUGUAAAUUAUGCGCAUGUGAAUGAGUUUGUAGGAAAUACAAUAUUUUAUUUCUUAAUUUACUGGUUUUGAUUUGGUAUUUUGGUUGCUGUAAUUCCGUUUUCCCUAAUACAUGUACAUGUGUUUUACAUGUCAUUUCCUCAACCAACCCUUCGCCCCCUUCCCCCAUGACAUAUAAUUAUCAUGAAGUGAAUUUGGAGAUAGUGUUUAGGAUGACAAAUUGAUGUAAUUUACACGUGAUACAUUUUCGGAUUCCAUCUCAUAAUCUUAUGCUUCCAGCCCAAAAUUUGCGAUUAGGAGAAACAUUGAAUCAUAUUAUCUUCACCGCCUGGUCAUAAUAUAUAUAAAACAACAAUACAUGUAUGUUAUCUAGUUAUCAUAAUCAUGUGAAAAAUUAAAUACUGAAAUAUUUCAGUCAAAGCUAUUUUUCAGUUGCGAAGGAAAUUUGUUACGAGAGCAUUUUUAUUUCUAUUCAUAAUACAUGUAUUUGAGACUCUUCUUAAAUCUUUGUUUAGAGAAUACUGCCAGUGAUGUAAUCUCCACCAAUAUGAAAAAACAUGUAAUUAAUUAAGGAUUUUAUAUUUUUGUGAUUUGCUGGUACAUGUACAUGUAGUUUAAUAUAACACAAUGUCUGCAGUUCAAAAUAUUUUAAGUUUCAAUUUUACUUGUUUGAUUCUUGUAUUAAAACUUUAUUAGGUCUGUGAUUGUUUUACAUUCAUUGGUAAUUUUUAAUUGCUUAUAGGGAAACCAAACCAUAGUCAAGAAUUCAUGCAUAAUGUUAUUUUAAGUAAUUAACACAAAAAUCGUCUGUUUUUGAAAAUUAAGUAACUAAUACUAAAAAAUACAUUUAUUUUCUGCUUGCAAAAGAUAAAAAGGUCACGACUAUUAUUCUGCAUGAUGUAAAACAUGUUUUGUGUCUUGAUCACCAAUUAGUAAUCCUGAUUUCACUAAGACAAACAAAGAAAGAAAUGUUUUAUUUAACGACGCACUCAACACAUUUUAUUUACGGUUAUAUGGCAUCAGACAUAUGGUUAAGGACCACACAGAUAUUGAGAGAGGAAACCCGCUGUCGCCACUUCAUGGGCUACUCUUUUCCAUUAGCAGCAAGGGAUCUUUUAUAUGUACCAUCCCACAGAUCACUAAGACAAAUGCACAAAUGAUAUUUCUUUUAUCAUCAAAGGAAGAUUUAAAAAAGGCAGAUAAAAAAUUCCUUUCGUCUGCAUUUACAACAUAAUACAUGUGAAAUAUUUUUGUUUAAAUCCAUUCCAUAAACAACAACAACUAAACACUAAUUAAAAUGUUAUUUUUGCUACUUUGGCAGGAUUGACUCAUAGACAGCAACAUUUUAGCAGCUCUAGUGUAUGAUCAAGUAUCAAGUUCAGAAACUUGGAAUACUAAGAUUUUACUUGUUACCUUAUUUCUUAAAUACUCAUUUAUUUGCUUUAUGUCUUACUAAGUUGUGUUAGGUUUUAAAACUUUUUAUUUCUUAAAUUUUGAGUUGUAAGUUUUAUCGAUCCUUACCAAGGUAUACUUACAACAUGAAAGUUGUGUUAUUUUUUACUGUUUUUUAUUAUUUCUUAAAUUUUGUUGUGUCCUUACCAAUUUUUUAUUUUUAUUUUUGUUUGCAGUGUAUUAUCAUAUAUGCCUAUAGCAGGUAUUCUGCAAGUUAUGUGUUAUGAAAAACAAAUUGCAGAUAAUUUGAAAUCCAUUAUUACACAUCAUAAUCAGAUCCAUAUUAUUUUUUAAAUAACCACAUUUAAAUUGUUAAUUUAAAAACAAUUUUGUUGCCUCUUUUAAAAGCACAGAUUGUACAAUUAUUGGCCUUGUUAUUUAUCUCCAGCUUGUCUUUUUCUACGAAUAGUUGGGUUUAAAUAACAUUUUGCUUUGUGGGUAAUGGGUAUUUAAAAACUGCCCCUACCUGCCAACCCCCUCCCCGAUGUCAUCAAUUCUGGAAGGUCUCUGCCUCUGUGCAUACUAUUUCCAAACAUGUUAAUAUUGUGUAAGAUAAAUAUUAUUCCAUUAUUGUAUCAUUCCUGUUAUAAUUUAUCAGUAGCAUGAUGCUAAGGUGAUCAAAUGGCUCAUGUGUGUACAUAUUUGGGCAUGUAUGUUUGGUAUACUGGUAGUAUGAAAGGUUUGUCGAUUUGCACAGGAAUUUCUAUGCAGUGUUCUCAAAUCUAGAAGUGCUGUUAAUGUGCAAUAGGGAUUUGCUUAGAUUUACUUAAAUUAAAUGUGUAGUAUAUAGAUAUAGUACACAUAGUAUAUAUACAUGUGUAUCAUACAGGGUUUUAUCAGGGUAUUAAUUUUAGUUAUUAACGAUUCAGUGAACUUUGUAAGCAGAUCUAUACACAGUAACAAGUUUCAGUUAACCAAUCAAAAUACACACAAAUUAAGGGACUUCAAAGAACUGUAAUUUACUUGCUUUUUAAUUUUAUUUAGCUUUUUGAUUCAGUACAGAAAUAUGAUGGCAGAAUUCCUCUUUACUUCAAAAUUGAUGAAUGACAAUUUAAAGCCAGGAUCUACAAAGGCUAGAACUUGGAACAUGAGAAAAUACCAUCUGUAGGUUUCAUCAGUGCUUAUAUACUAGUCACAACAAGUUACGGGCCACAUGAACACUGCAUCCUAAGUGGAGUUUAUCUGUCAGCGUGCCAGUGAGAUGAAAAUGCUCUUGUAGUCGUUGGAUGACAGAAUGGCUCACUUGAAGACGUCUCGCCACUACUCGCAUGGAUACGCAGUCGUUCAACCAUGCCAGGGCUUUGCUGCAGUUCAGGAUGCUCAGUGUACAUCUUGGGGGCAUGGUUAUCAAAAGCCAGAUUCCAACAAAAUGUAUACCCACUCUACCCUAUUCAAACAUAAACAGUGUUAAGAUAUAAAAAAAAAGAGUUUCACAUGCACCAUGCUUAGACGGCAGAAACAGUUUUUAAGAAGUCAAACAAUUUUGCAUUUCAAAAAUCUUUUUCCCAACACACUUUUCACCGUUGAUUAAAUAAGCUGUGAGUAAAAUAAAGAAGUAAUUACAGGGUGAAAAUUCAUACUGGCUCUUAGCUUGUUGUGAUUAGUAUAGUUUCUUUUAAGAAAGCAUCACACCAUCAUUCCCCAUGUCUUUGCUUUGUGUAGCAGCUUAAUAUAGUCCAGUUUAAGAAAUCGAUCUUCAUUACAAUAUAUAUACACAUGUAUAUUAAUUAUAUAUAAAAUUCCAUUUCAAAUUCUUUUCCAAUGAUUACAAGUAGUUUGACCUCUAUAGUAUAUAAAUAACCCAUGGUUUUGAAGGUGCUUGUUAAUUUUAUUACUAAGUAAUAACAAAUGCAUUUGGUAUACUGUCACGUGUAUAACACUAUAUAUUACCAUAACAGCAAAAUGAGGCAGUGCUCUGGUUAAAGGGUGGAUAACUCAAAAUUAUUAUCAUUGAACCUGUGUACUGAUUUUUGUUUAGAAAGAUUUCUUUGUUGGAGUAUUGUACGUGGGUAAUUCAUGGAAUGCUUUCGUCUGAGAACUGUUCAAGCAUGCCUGUUGUGGAAACAACCGCUGACUUUGCAAGAGAAUUCUGUCCAAGAUGGUGAUUUCUGUCACAGGUUCCAUCUUUUACAGUUUGGUGUAUUUUGUUUGAUGUGGUCAAUCUCAACUAAUCUGGUUAUUGCUUUGUACUUUUAACGGCUUGUUAUAUAUAUUUGGUUUAACUCAUUUGUUUUGUUUUAUUUUUACCUAACAUUUGUUUAAUGUAGAUUUUAUACUUGUUGUUUAAGAAUAUGUAUUUGUACAACCACAUCAGUGUUGAUUUUAAAAUGUACCCGGUAUAAAUAUUAUGUAUUUAUAUAGACAUUGUUUACAGUCAAAUGACAUCACCUUGACAUGUUGUAUCAUUGAACCCUGGAUUUCUCAAGGUCGAGAAAAUCUUCUGUGAUAUAAUAUUCAACAACAACUACAGUGAAACCCUUCUAAACUGCACACCCUUUAAAAAGAGUAAAAAGUCCUGUUUUAAGGGGUAUCUGGCUUUGAGAGGAUCUGUUCUGUACUGAAAUGUAAAACAGGACUGUGAAAAAAGUCUGGUUUGAGAGAUUUCUGGUUUACUGAGGUACUGGUUUUAAGGGUUUCUAUUCUAUACUGAAAUAUACGGUAAAAAUGGACUACGAAAAAUGUCAGGUUUUGAGAGAAUUACUGAGGGGCUGGUUUUAGGGGGUUCUAUUCUGUACUGAAAUAUACGGUAAAAAUGGACUACGAAAAAUGUCCGGUUUUGAGAGAAUUACUGAGGGGCUGGUUUUAAGGGGUUCUAUUCUACAUGUAUACUGAAAUAAUACAGUAAAAAUGGACUAGAAAAAUGUCCGGUUUUGAGAGAAUUACUGAGGGGCUGAUUUUGAUGGAUUUCAUUGUAGUAUAUUUAUUUGAACCACUUUUAUGUCGAGCUGUUGGUUCUGUCACUUCACCUUGGAGAUAAUGAAGUUUGAGUGUAUAUCGCAAAAUGAAACUGCAUCAUUAAAAGUAUAUUUGUUUGUAACAAAAUAAUUACACUGUAUAUGUAUAUUGAGAAGAUUAUGAACAAAUAUUUUAACAUUUUGAAGUUGUGAAUAUAUGAAUACACAAAUUAAGAUUCCCUCCCCCCACUAUAAUUGUUGUUAUUAUUUUAAUUUAGAAAUACUUGCAAUAAUUAUGUUUGUUGCUGAUGCAUUGUCAUUUUAAAAAUGUGUAGUUUCUUUUUGUGAUGAACAUGUUAUUUUAUACUUUAAUGUUGUUUAUUUUUGGGUUCUUGUUUGAGGUAAAUUGGGGUUUUUUAUUUGCAGGAAUACAGUGCAGUCACCCAUUGGAAAUAGUGUAGAACAUACUGGCAGAAGUCAAUAAUUAUGGUCAAUAAGUAAUUUAAGCAAAAUUAAAUUUGGACCUGGACUUCAUUUAAUUGUCGGAGCUUCAGUGAUAUAUUUACCCAAAUUUGUUAGCUAACAAAACAGUGUAGAAUGUUUUUGUAUAAUUUGAGUUCAAAACUCAAACAAAAAAUAUAAAUAAAAUUGGAGAAAGAGAGAAAAAAAGCCAUAGCUUAUGAAACUAUAAGAUUAUUUUGUUUGAACAAAAAGUUGAACAUAUAAUUAAUAAAAAAUAUUUAAGCCAAAUUUGUCGGACAACAAAAAAAGUAACACUUUUAUUUUUCAGAAUUUCUAACACUUUUUGAAUAAAAGACUGCCUCUCGAACAAAGUAUUAGUAUUUAAAAAAAAUUGUUUUGAUUUUUAGAAUGGAUGAUUCUGUAGUUAACACACGGUUAUAAACUGUUGUACACGUGUAUGUUAAUGUUUAAUCAUACAUAUGUCAGUAUGUCCAUAUAUCACUACCCAGUUAAUGGCAAAUAGUAUUUUUUAUCACAGAGAUGUGCAUAUUGCACGCACUUGUCUACAAAAAUGCAAACUCGAUAUAUUAGUACACCUGGAAAUCAGUAAAGCACCGCCUAGUUGUGACCAUGUUACUUUCACUUUGCAAGUGACUGACCAUUUCGCAGAUACAAAACAAUGAAAUUAAUGUUCUUUAUUUACAGAGGAUAUUGAAAAAGAUUGACAGAUAGUACUUACUGUAAGACUAAUUAAUAUAUUUCUCUAGAGAAAGAUAAUGAAACUGUAAAUAUCCAUGAAGAUGUAUCAUACAUGCAAGUACGUGUAUGGUAAUUAACAUGAACGUGAACUAUUUUAUCAUGCCUCUGUACCAUUAGGUUUUCAGGCAUAUCCAUCACGGGUCCGAUCUCUGGAUAGCCAGGGACUUGACCCGGGACAGAAAAUUAAUUAAUGGGGACAAUUUGGAUAUUUAAACUACAAGGGAAGAGAAUGGUCAUUAACUAUGGAGCUGAAAUUAGACUGACAUGCUUCUCAGAAGUAACAUAUUUACGCCAUGUUUGUAAAUACCCAGUGGUUGGGCCCCUGGCCUCUCAGAGGUCGAACUCCGGGACAGACAUGCUCGAAACCUCUGUGGUAUAUGAGCAUGUUAAAAUAUUACGCAACGGAAUGGAUACACGAUACGUAAAACCUUUCAAUAUAUACCAUGUCGGCACAGACAACCACUUCUAGAUGACUUUUUCGCUGCAAUACCAUUAGGUGGUGCCCAAUUAAUUUUCAGGUGUAGGCCUAUACUGUAAAUCAUAAAAAUGUCAGCGAUCUUAAUUUUUUUUAGCGAAAUCCAAAUAAGUGACAUACAUGUAUUAGCGACAUAAAACUUUUUUAUAGCGAGGUCGUCAUAUCAGAAAUUAAGAAAAAAGGUUAUAGGAUCAGGUGAAAUAAGACUUAAUAAAUUUGGUGUUAUGCAGCUUACAGAAAACUUAAAUUUAGUGGAAAAAAGUACAAUGAUGUUCAUGCUACAUGUAAAUAGCACUGGUGUAACAAAAUAAUCCCAGAAACGUCUUUUGAAACAGACUGUUCUAUGUAUCUUUGAAUUUAACCUCAUGAAAAACAUGUAUAUAGCAUCUUGUAAUGCUUCGCUAAAUUUGCUAAAAUUUUAUGCUUGCUAACAUUUCAUAAUUUUACAGUAUAUAUGUUGUAUUCAAAUGCUGUCAUGACAUGCGCAUCAGGUAACUAUUUUAAAGCAUGACAAGUUUUGUUGAAUCAUCAGGGGAAGUAUUCAAAUGGUUAAACAUGUAUUAUUAGAAUUGUUUUAUUUAUCUUGUGGGAAAAUAAAUAUAAUAAUUAUUGAAAAUG